AUGGCAUCUUUGCGAGUAUCAUCUGCGACCCUAUCGCGCAAGGCGCUCACAACCUGCCGGCCACGGCUGUACCUCGGCGCCCGGUGCGCGGCCGCCAGCGCGCCCCCGCUGGCGCUGAGGACUGCUCGGCCGAGCAGCGCGCACAUCCGGUACUCGUCUACAGCGCAGUCGCUGGCGCCGAAGAUUGACCGCAGCAAGUCCAAGCUGUUUAAGGAUGCGGAUGCCGCGGUUGCGGAUAUCAAGAGCGGGUCGACGAUCCUGAGUUCUGGGUUUGGGCUAUGCGGGGUUGCUGAAACACUUAUUAAUGCUAUGCACCGUCGCGGCGCGGAUCAAUUGCACUCGCUGACGGCUGUCUCGAAUAACGCGGGUGCUCCGGGGAAAGGUGGCUUGUCGACGCUGUCGCAGGGCGGGCAGCUGAAUCGGCUGAUCUUGUCCUAUCUGGGUAACAACAAGGUGUUGGAGAAGAAGUACUUGUCCGGGAAUAUUGCGAUUGAGUUGUGUCCGCAGGGUACGCUGGCGGAGCGGCUGCGUGCCGGUGGGGCGGGGAUCCCGGCUUUCUUCACGCCGACUGGUGUUCAUACUUUUAUUCAGGAGGGCAAGAUCCCCGUGCGCGUGGAUGAGUCGGGCAAGGUCCUCGAGUCGGGCAAGCCGCGCGAGACCCGCGAGUUCAACGGCAAGACGUAUCUGAUGGAAACUGCUUUGACGGGCGACGUUGCGAUUCUGCGGGCGUGGAAGGCGGAUGAGGCUGGUAACUGUGUGUUCCGUUACACCACCAAAGCAUUUGGCCCGAUCAUGGCCAAGGCCGCGACCUUGACUAUUGUCGAAGCCGAGAACAUUGUCCCCGUGGGCUCGAUUGACCCCAAUGACGUGGAUCUGCCUGGUAUUUUCGUGGACCGUAUCGUGCCCGCCACCGACGAGAAGCACAUUGAGAACAAGAAGCUGCGCGAGAGCGAGAAGGGUGAUCUCAACGGGUCUGCUAAGAACGCGGCGCAGAUUGAAAGGGAGCGGAUUGCUCGCCGGGCUGCGAAGGAGCUGAAGCAGGGCUACUAUGUGAACCUGGGCGUCGGCAUCCCGACCCUCGCGCCGUCCUUUUUGCCCGAGGACGUCAAGGUGUGGAUUCAGUCGGAGAAUGGGAUUCUGGGAAUGGGCGCGUAUCCCACUGAGGACGAGGUUGAUCCGGACAUCGUUAAUGCCGGCAAGGAAACCGUGACACUAGUCCCAGGCGCCGCAACUUUCGACAGCGCCGAAUCUUUUGGCAUGAUCCGAGGCGGCCAUGUCGAUGUAUCCGUUCUCGGCGCCCUACAGGUCAGCGCCAACGGCGACCUCGCCAACUACAUGAUCCCCGGCAAGGUAUUCAAGGGCAUGGGCGGCGCGAUGGAUCUGAUCUCGAACCCGGAUAACACCAAGAUCGUGGUGGCCACAAGCCAUGUAGCCAAGGACGGAUCACCGAAGAUCGUGCAGAACUGCAGUCUGCCGCUGACGGGAGCGAAUGUGGUCAGCACAAUCAUCACCGAGUUGUGUGUCUUCCAGGUGAACCGGGCGACAGGCGAGCUUACGCUGACGGAGCUGGCUCCAGGCGUCGAAGUGGAGGAGGUGCGCAGCAAGACGGAUGCAAAGUUCACCGUGGCGGAGACGCUGGAGGUUAUGGAAUAG